AUGCUGGAGCGAGAGGCGGAGACUGCGGCCGGGGGCGCCGAGCCUAGUCCCACUGACAAGGAGCCUGUGACCAAAGGAGAAGCUCCCGACCAGGGCCCGCCGCAGAAGCCCAGCCAGUCUGUUCCAGGGCCCGCUGCCUCCACGGGGGCGCCUUCCCGACCCCGCCGGAGACCCCCGCCCCAGCGCCCGCACCGCUGCCCCGACUGUGACAAGGCCUUCUCGUACCCGUCCAAGCUGGCCACGCACCGGUUGGCACACGGCGGCGCCCGUCCCCACCCGUGCCCCGACUGCCCCAAAGCUUUCUCCUACCCCUCCAAGCUGGCCGCCCACCGCCUCACGCAUAGUGGCGCCCGCCCGCACCCGUGCCCGCACUGCCCAAAGGCCUUCGGCCACCGCUCCAAGCUGGCAGCCCACCUCUGGACCCAUGCUCCCGCCCGCCCCUACCCGUGCCCCGACUGCCCCAAGUCCUUCUGCUACCCCUCGAAGCUGGCGGCCCACCGCCACACGCACCAUGCUACCGACGCCCGCCCCUAUCCUUGCCCUCACUGCCCCAAGGCUUUUUCAUUCCCCUCCAAACUGGCGGCCCAUCGCCUGUGCCAUGACCCCCCGACUGCACCGGGCAGCCAGGCCACCGCGCGGCACCGCUGCUCCAGCUGCAGCCAGGCGUUUGCCCAGAGACGCCUCCUACUCGUUCACCAGCGCAGCCACCACCAGGCUGAGAGCCCCGGGGAGCGGGAGUGA